AUGAGCAUACAGUUGCGAGAUGGUUUAGCCAUGCAACCAGUGGAUUUAGUUUUGGAGGAUCUUCUUGCAAGAUUCCUUGUCAAUUGCCCUGAAGAAGACUUAUCCUCCAUUGAAAGAGUAUUUUUUCAAGUGGAAGAAGCCCAAUGGUUCUAUUCCGACUUUCUUUGUCAAUUGAAUCCCUCAUUACCUUCAUUAAAAUUGAAGUCGUUUUCGACAAUGUUCUUGGAGAAAUGUCCUUUAAUAUGGAAAUGGGGUACGCCCUCAGAAGCACUUUCAAGAUUUAGUAGAUACAAAUCAACUAUCCCAGUUAGAGGUGCUGCAUUUUUCAAUGAUAAUUUAACGAAACUUCUUUUGGUUAAAGGAGUGGAAUCAAAGACUUGGUCUUUCCCAAGAGGGAAAAUAUCUAAAGGUGAACAAGAUGCUGAAUGUGCAAUUCGAGAAGCCGAAGAAGAAACUGGGUUUAAUUGUCGUGAUCUUUUAAAUGAAAAUGAUGUUAUUGAUCGUAACAUUGGGGGCAAGAACUACAAGAUAUAUUUGGUUAAGAAUGUUCCUGAAGAUUUUGACUUUGAGCCUCAAGUCCGAAAUGAAAUUGCCCAAUUAGAAUGGCAUGAUAUCUCUGUUCUUCUGAAGAAGAUAAAAUCUAGCCCAAAUAAAUAUUUUAUUCUUCCAACAAUGAUGAAGGCUAUCAAUAAUUGGAUCAACAAAAAUAAGGGUGUUGUUGAUGAGCAGAAAUUGAUGCUUCAAACUGAAAUCAAGUUGAAGAAGUUCUUAGGCAUUUCUCAAACAAACGCAAAUGAGAACGUGGAUGCAGGUAGAGAGUUAUUGAAUAUUCUUCAAGGAAUUAAUGAACCCGGAGUUCAUUCUCAAACAAUUAAUGCCCCUUCUGUACCCAUUAUUAACUCUCAUCCUAUGUUCCAGCAAGCCUUGAUCCAAGCUCAAAUGCCUUUUAUUCAUCCUUACGCUCCUCCAAUGUUGGGACCUGGAAUUCCAAACUUUGUUCCAUCACAAAUGGGCCAACCUCCAUUGACUCCGUUGAAUAAUAUUCCAAACUUGCAUAACCAAACUCCUCCGGCCUCUGAAGAGUCUACCCGGAAAUUAUCAAUUGCAUCCUCAAAUAGACGUAUGUCUGAGGCAAACUCCAGAGAAUUGUUAUCAAUCUUGAACAAGACAAAACCUGGUGAGCCUCAACCAGAUCAACCACACUCUCCUGCUAAAGAAAAUGCACGUGAGUUAUUAGGUAUAUUAAAUAAAGCUCCUUCAAAUCCCUCAAAUGCAGCAAUAGCUGAGAGAAAGAGAUCUAAAGCGCAAAUACUUUUAGAUCUUGUUGGUGCUAAGAAGAAAACUGCUGACUCAAGUAAGUCCAUUCCGUCACCAGGAAACUUGCAGGGUAUAUUUAGCGCUUCUCAACCAUCUAAUGAGCUUGAGGAGUCAUUAAGAGACAGUGCUAUUGCAGACUACAACAAUGGUCCCAAGAAAAUGACUUUAUUAAAAAGACCAUCAAAAGAUAGUUCUGGAAAUCGUAAGAACUCAAAUGCAUCUGCAGAUUUGUUAAGGUUGCUUGUUAAGCAACCCAAUCCCUGCACACCCGAAACAAGUAAAUCUUCACGAGAAUUAUUCACUGAUACAGUAUCUCCACCUAUUAUGGAGGAAUCAAAUAAAGGAAAUGAUAUUUUGGCCGUUUUAAGAGGCAAACAAAGUUCCCAGCAAGUGACCUCGGGUGGAUCUAGUCCAAUUACAAGUCAAAUUGUGGAACCAGGUAGUGCAAAUAUUCAACUGGGUAUAUCAAAUGACUUUGAAACUUUUGAAAACUUCGAGGAUUUUGAAGAUUUUGAAGAUGUUGAAGAUUUUGACGAUAAUGGUCGAGACUCUAGACACUACAGAAACUUUGAUAUAGCAAGUGACGAUGAAGAUCUUGAUCGAUUAAUCGAUGAUAAGCUCAACCUUGAGCGAAGAGGGAAACUUCCCUCAAAACAAAAAGUGAGAAUCUUAAGACAAGGGGAACUGUUGAAAGAUUUAAUCAGUACUCCAAGUAAAACUGCCUCUUCAGAACCACCAAAGGAAGCUAAGAAUAGUACUAGCCUACUUCACCUUUUGAAUGGUGGGGAUACAAAUUCAGCUGGAAAUCCAUUAUUGGAUGCCUUGUAUAACAAGAAGGAUAUAAGUCACGACAAUAGUCACGAUGAGGGUAAACAAAGCACCCCAUCUUCCAACCAAAACCAACGCAAUAAUGUUGCGUCUGCCAAUUUAUUAAGUUUGUUAGGUAAAAAGCCACCAACACCUAAACCGAAAAUCCUUACAUUGGAUGAGCUUGAAGGCAACCAACAAAUUCCAACGCCAAAUAUGAAUCAGUUUGGAGGAGGUGCCAACAUUACAAAUUCAAAGGAUAUUUUGGGACUUCUUAAAAAUGGACAUUAA